AUGAUGGACUCCUGUGUUCUGGGCAUACUCACCUUGAUCUUUGGCCUGCUUUCCAGACUCCAAGGAGUAAGCACCAAUGAGGGGGCAAACACAUGUGACAGCUUAAGCUGCCCCAAAGGAUUCACAUGCUGUGACAAUGAAUGCUGCCCAGAAAGAAAGGCCUGGGAUCCUGCAAAUGACCCCUUCCUGCUCUUGUUCAUCAUCUUGUUGGUCACGGUCACCAUCUUUUGCAUCUGUGGGCUAGUGGAGUACUUCUGUCCCAAUUGUAGAAAAGAGGAGCAAGAUGACAGAACAGGGGAUCAUCAGAAUUCCCGAAAACCGACCUCCAUUGCUCCCCUAGAGAGCAUUUGGAUCACCUCCUUGGAUCCCCCACCUUGCUACAGUCGGGUUGUUCUGAAUCCAACUCCCACAGAACCACUUCCUUUCUCCAGCCUCAGGCCUGAGGGCCCUGCUGGUCAGAUGAGAGGGAAUGCCUAUGCAACCCUGUGA